CACUACAUUUUUCUUUAUGUUUGGAUAUCUCUUUGUAUUUCGAAUUGGAGAAAAGUUUGGAUUACCACCACCUUCAGGCCAAACAAACUUAAUUGAAAUGAUUAUUGUAUUAAGAGUGGUCGGAGUUGCCUUUGAAAUUAAUGGUUCAUGGUUGGCGAUUUCAAAUGCUAAGAAAAAGGAAACUGAAGCUUCUGAGACAAAAACUAAUUCAGAUAUGGAACGAGAUGAUGAGUUUGUUGAACUGAUUAAUCCUGAAUUUAUUGACCUGUUUCAUUACACAUUCAACUAUAUUGGUUUGCUAACAGGACCCUAUUACAGAUACCGUACUUUUGAUGACUACUUCUAUUUGCCCUUUAAUAAACAUGUGGAUUGUUUCGGCUUCACAAUAAAUACAUUGAAAAUAGUUCCACUAUAUAUAUCUUUGUAUCUAGCAUUUUCAAAUAUAUGGCCUCUUGAGUAUAUUUUGACUGAAGAACACAACAACAGGCACUUUUUGUACAGAAUGAUGUAUCCAUGGGUGUUAUUUGCUGCAUUCCGUCAACGAAUUUACGCGGGCAUGACUCUUGCGGAGAGUGUGUGUACAUCGGCAGGUCUUGGCGCUUAUCCAGUACAGGGAAAAAAUAGAACUGGUCACGGUCCUACAGUUGGUUACUUGAAAUUAAAAAAGAUGUCUGACGAUGAAGCUAAAAUGACAGAAUACGACUUUAAAACUGUUGAGUCAAUGGAUGUAUGGGGUUGUGAGACGGUUGUCACUUUAAGGGAUUCAAUGAAAGUUUGGAAUAAGGCUGUGCAAUAUUGGGUUGCUAUGGUUGUUUAUAAGAGAUUCCCUGUAAAGAGUUUGAAGGUCCAUGCUGCACUGUUUGUAUCAGUAAUAUGGCAUGGAUUCCAUGCUGGUUACUUCUUCUGUAUAUAUUUCUGCCCAUUCUAUUUAAUGGCUGAGGAUAUAUAUUACAAGUUAUAUUAUAAGGAGGCUACUGGUUUGAAAAAGAAGAUUAUUGGCUUUAUAAUGUGGUUCUUACGAUCGCACUCUGAGUCUUACCAAGCAGCUGCAUUCCUUCUAUUAACGUUUGACCGUAUUUGGAUAUAUUACUCCUCUGUUUAUCACUACUGGUAUGGAGUAUGGCUGGCUUUCUUGGUAACUGGAUUGAUAUUAAGUAAAGUUCGUGCAAUGCUUAGGCCAAAAACGCAAAAGGCUAUAAGAACAGAAGUCAAGGAGUGAAGACAGAUUAUGAUUUAUGUUGGUCAAUUUAACAUUAGUUCAAUUGCGUUAAAUAGAAUUAGAUACUAUUAUUGGGAAUGAGGACUGAUUUUGUUAGGUAAUUUUUAGAAGGGAUUGUCUGUGGUUGGGGUGUAAGUCAUAUUUAUUAUCCUACUUUGCUAAACAAGUAGAAAAAUGCGGUAAUCGUUCUAUGUAUAUGAUAUCACAUAGAGACUCAACUGAUUGUAAUAAGUUACGUGUGAUUAAUCAUAUUUGUUGAGGUUAGAGAUUAUGAGUGUCAUAAAUUGGCUAAGGUUUUCUAGUCACUAACUGUGACAAACUGAUUAAAAAGACAAUAAUUUUUAUAGUAUUCAUUUAACUUCAAGACUUCAAAUUAUAAAAUAUAUCUUAAGCGCUACACUAGCGCCAUAAGUGGUUUUAGAAGGAACUAAAAUUGUUAUCGAGUCAAAAAUGAAAGAAAACUAAUAAGAUAAUAGGUCACAAACUAAUCUUAUUUUAAAAAUCAUUCCAGAGGGGAAAUUUUAUUUAACUGCUUUUAUGAUAUUAUGUCAAAUACAGACAGAAACUUUUUUAAGAGUUAGUACAUUGAAAUUAUUUUUACUGUCAUACGUUUAACGUGAACUUAUAGAUAUAUUUCUAGGGUUUUUGUAACAGCAACAAUUUUUCAAAAUUUCCCUGUAGUCUCUAGCCUCUAGCACAGUAGCGUUUUCGAUGUAAUAGAUGUACAUGUCCACUGUAACUGCCAAUAGCGAUUGGAGAUAUUGUUUAAAUAGAGAAUAAAAUUACAAUUCAGGUUUUAAAUUUCAACUCAUUUAUUUCCAUGCAUAUACUGUCUCUUGUACGCUAGAUACUAUGUAUAUAUAGACGUAUUGUUGAUAAUGCUCAGUUCUUGUUCCAUUAGAUAUUGUAAAUGUUAUUUUAUUUAUUGACUAAAGUUUUGCAUUUAUUGUUAUCGAGAGUAUAAUAAAAAUGUCAAUUUUUACUAUUUUUUUAAUUAUUUAAAUUUUUUAUAAAUAUAGUUUGUUAUAAAUGUACCCAUUGUACUUUGUAAUGUGUUUUUACAUGGAUGUAAAAAAAUUGUAUCCUAAUGUGUCUAUAAAAUAUUAAUGUAAUAUUAUAAAAGACUCCCUAAGUUUAAUAGUAUGUAUUUAUUGUUUGUCACAUACUUUACACUUAGGUACUUUAUAAGGAUCUGAAUAAACACUUCUAGUGAAA